AUGGGUGCAGAACCUCAAUCAGACCAGAUAACAAAUAAACUGGAGCUUGUAGCACACCUUUUCAUUAUAUAUUUAGGCCAUUGCAACCUUCUGGCAGAUAACGCUAACAUUCAGUUCAGAGAGGUUGGACGCAAGAAUAUUGAGCUACAAGUGAGCACGAAUCCUGAAGUAGCAAGCCAGAAGUUCAAAUGCGGCGCAUGCGAUGCGGUGGAAGUGGUAUUGAUGGAUAUGAGCGGCGGUCAGAAAUGCAUGAUUAGUGUGUGUUUGGAAGAAAGACCAAUUGUCCAUGGGAUUUUCAACUACGACAGAGACUUCUUCAACAGUGAAACCAAAGUUCCACUUCCAGUGGCCAAAAGCAGUGUUAGCGAAUUUUAUACUCCUAACGUUGACACCAGCCUAGAAGGCAAAUUUCGUCUAAGAAGCGGGACUUCGAAGAGAGACGAACCGCAGGGCGAGCCCGAAAACUCGAACGUAUCAUCGCCAGAUUAUGCAGCAGUUCACCAGAGACUAGAAAGGCUCAAAUUCGGAAAUCCACCUCUAUCCUUGGGUCGUCAGUCAACCCGUCGGAGAAGCAGUAUUUCUGACAUGCCACGGUUUGACGACGAAUACGAAAUCAAUCGAAACGCCGGGAUUCCGGUUACAGGUGAAUUUGGAGUUCCGGGGCUAGCAUCCGGCUACGGCGAUCAGGAUCUGUAUCCAACAGGGCAAAAAUACCCUAAUUUGCAGGACCCAUCGCAACAGUUUCCUGGAGCUACUAACCGUCCACCGGGCCCAGGAGGGAUGACAUUUGAUCCCUUCAGGGGUAAUGCUACAGAUCCCAGCUCCAAUCCUCUUCGUGGAGAUCCAAAUGCAACUGGAGGUCCCAAACCGCCAUUUCCAGGUGCACGCUUCGACGAUCCGUUUGGCAGACCUGACUUCCAUGGCGGUGGUGGCGGGUUCGUCUGA